CCCACGCACUCACUCGCCCGCUUCACCAUAGGACGCAAGCGCAAAGCCCACCGCCAGCAGGCGCAGCAGGACAAGCCGUGGCGCGAGGGCAGAGGAAAAGGAAAGGGUAAAGGCAAAGGCAAACGAGGCAGAAUGGGGCAGGACGAGUCGAGAGUCGUGGAUCCAGAUGCGCCGCCGCAGACGCUCAAGGCGCGCACGCUGGAUGCGCUGGCGCAGUACAUUGCCGACGGGCGCGCGCGCAAGAUUGUCGUCAUGACAGGAGCAGGCAUCAGCACUUCAGCGGGGAUACCCGAUUUCCGCUCGCCGGACACGGGGCUGUAUGCCAAUCUCGCGCGGCUCAAUCUGCCCUACCCAGAGGCCGUCUUCGACAUUGCCUUCUUCCGCAACAACCCCGAGCCGUUUUACGCACUCGCGCAGGAACUGUAUCCGGGCAAGUUCCGGCCGACGAUUACGCACUCGUUUACACACCUGCUGCAUCAAAAGGGACUGCUGCUCAAGCUGUUCACGCAGAAUAUUGAUUGUCUCGAGCGCGAGGCGGGCGUGCCGGGCGACAAGAUUAUAGAGGCACACGGCAGCUUUGCGACACAAUGUUGCAUCGACUGCAAGAAGCCGUAUCCCAAGGAGCGCAUGCACGACGCCAUCGAGAACAAGUCGGUGCCGCGCUGCCUCGACGCCGAGUGCAAUGGCCUGGUCAAGCCUGAAAUCGUCUUCUUUGGCGAACAGCUUCCCUCUUCCUUCUUCGACAACCGCGACCUCCCCGCCGAGGCCGACCUGUGCAUAGUCAUGGGCACCUCGCUCUCGGUCCACCCCUUCGCGUCGCUACCCCAGCUCUGUAGAGACAAGACACCACGGCUGCUGAUAAACCAGGAGAGAGUGGGCGACAUGGGAUCACGAGCAGACGAUGUCUUGUUGCUGGAAGACUGCGAUGCUGGUGUGAGGAAACUGGCUGACGCAUGUGGGUGGCUCGACGAACUAGAGGCGCUCUGGGCUACGACAGCACCGGCCGGAGAACCGGCGGCACCCAAGGAACAAGUCAAGAAGAGCCGCGACGAGCUCCUUGAAGACGAAAUCGAGAAGCUCACAAAGGAGGUGGAUGCCAAUCUUAAGCUGGGAAAGGCGCAGUAUGAGUGGCUUGAGAAUCACAUUGACAAUAAGCUGGCCCGGAAACAAGACGACGAAGCGAAGCAAGAGAGCGCUAAAUCGGGGCUGCAGCCAAAUACCGAUCCAGACUCCAAGACACUGGCGCCUAUAGCCAGUCCCGGAGAGACAACAGCAGACCCUGGGGCUGAUCUGGGUCAUGUGUUUCCGCAUUUGAAGAAGCCCUCGCUCUGA